GGUGUUUGCUGUAGUUACGGUGUCUAAUGUCGGAAAAAAUGUUUAGAUGUAUGUAAUAGGUACCCUACUGUGUGCUCAGUACUGCAAUGCUCUUUAUCUGUACUGUAUUACAUAUACUACCUGUCCUCCUGUCCAUGAAGACGAGGUUUAGCUUUUUAAUGUUGAAUAUGAAGAACGAUUGGUUAAAUGUUGGUGGGAGCUAUUUGGGUUACUUGUAGCACCCGGGAAUGUGGGCCGACUAUAUACUGGCUCAUCACCAUCGCUCGACAGUUCAUUCCUUCGUCGUGAUUCCCAAUCGUAAGGUGCAAGUCCUGAUCUUCACUCCUCUUCGUAUCAACCGAACGUUUCGGCGAAUUUUUUUUUAUUUUCAAACUUUUUUCAACCAGUUUCGUUGUUAUUUUGUUUAGUUUUUAUAUAACAAUGAAGUCAGCAUUAUUUUUACUAUUCUUCGGGAUCGUUGCUGUAACAGCGCAACGGCGACUGGCGUUACCUGAUCCAAGAAGCUGUGCAAAUCGAGUACGUCAUGCAUCGUACAGAGAUGCUCGAGGUGUAGCUCAUUCAUAUUUCUUCAGCUGGGAACACCAGCCGACGAGAAGUCUAGAAGUUGAUUGGCUUGACUCACGUAAUAUUUGCCGUCGUCAUUGUAUGGACGCGGUAUCAUUAGAAACACCACAGGAAAAUGAAUUUAUUAAACAGAGAAUCGCUCGAGGAAACAUAAGAUACAUCUGGACGUCAGGACGCAAAUGUAACUUCAAUGGAUGUGACAGACCAGAUCUCCAGCCCCAGAAUGUCAACGGAUGGUUCUGGUCAGGCUCUGGAGCCAAAAUUGGACCCACUACACAGCGUAAUACUGGUGACUGGAGUAACACUGGUGGAUAUGGCCAAGCUCAACCUGACAACCGUGAAGCUGCUCAGGGUAACGACGAAUCCUGUCUCGCUAUUCUGAACAACUUCUACAACGACGGUGUCAAGUGGCAUGACGUAGCUUGUCAUCAUCUCAAACCGUUUGUAUGCGAAGACAGCGAUGAACUUCUCAACUUUGUAGCGUCUCGAAACCCUGGCAUUCGUCUCUAAAAUAAAAAUAAAUAAUUAAAAUAAGGAUAGAUAAAAAAACAAACAAGAUAUCAUAAAUGAAAGAGAUUAGUUUUUAUACAUAUGAUUAUGAUUGUGAAUUGUGCUUCAUCUCAUUUAUUUUUUUAAACUUCAGUCUAUUUAUAUUGUACUAACAUAUCUUCUUAUAGUGAUUAAUUAAUUAAGGUUAGUAAAAGUUAAUUGCAAUAAAACGACUACCUGGUACAUGAAUUUUUAUCAUUAUGAAGAUAUGCGAUUAAAAAUUUUUAUUACUUUCUACAAUAGUAUAUUCAAUUCGUUUUAAAUUCAAUGCUUAAUGCUAAAUUAAAUUACUCAACAUGUUUUAUUUACAAUUUCAUUAGUUGUUUUCUUCUUAUUCUAUUCAUGUAAUUUUUAUUAUGUAGAGAAACAGAUGAGAAGUCAUUGAAAAAUAGAGUAUUGUGUUAAUCUUCAUGUAGAAUUUUUAGACUCCGGAUUGAAUAAUGUGCUAAUUGUGUAAGUCAAUAAUUAUUUUAAAUUGUAAAAAUUAGAGAUUUAGUUUUAUUAAUUAAUGAUAAAGUUUAAUGUACUUAUUUUUUUUUUAACAAAUAAAAUGUUUUAUUG